AUGAAUCCGUCUACUUUCAAUAUCCAGCCAGUGCUCCGCUUCGGCGGUGCAAAUACCUCUAUUCGGCGACCAAGGGAAAUUGCGUGCUUUUCUUACGAUGAUCAGCGUCGGUUUUCGCUGGGAGAUUCAUCUAUGGCCUACUACUAUACGCCGGCACUACCUGCGGAUCUCAACAAGGGGUAUGACACGUUCCAGAAGCUCAAUGAUGUCGCCGAUGAGCACUUGGAUGCUCUACUUGAUACCCUUGUUGCUCAUGAGAAGGAUACAGGGAAGAAGUGUGAAGUUGACAUCGUCACAUGGAGAGGGAUGAUGACCAAGAUCUUGACAGCUCCAUUUGAUAACAUGAACGGCUUUGAGAUGAACGCAACUUGCUUCCAGGGUACUAUAUUCAUUGAAGAAAACAAUGAAUACAAAAACCAACAGAAAGAGAUCCAACGCAAACGAGGAUCACCGCCUGGGAUGGCUCCGCAGGAACUGAUGAUGUAUUGGGGCUAUAAAUUCGAAAGCUUAGCCGUACUCCGGAAAACAUGGGACGAAAGCACUCGUGAAGAGAUUGAAGGCCGCGAAGACGCAGUCGUCAACAACGCAGCACAAUAUUGUUCCGUCGUUCGCACAGGAAUCGGCAAUGUGCGCAUGGUUCUCGGUGGCGAGGUUGAUGCCAUCUGGGAUAGCAAACCAUGGAAGAAAGACGCUCCCAUCAACUGGGUCGAGUUGAAGACAUCAGCUCAAAUCCGCAACGACAAAGAUAUGCUCAAGUAUGAGCGGAAGCUGCUCAAAUUCUGGGCUCAGUCAUUCUUACUCGGUGUGCCUAAGAUCAUCGUCGGAUUCCGCGAUCAGAACGGUAUCUGCCACAGCCUGGAGGAGCUGGACACAGCCAGCAUCCCCGCGAAAGUGUUGAAUGUUGGUCGACGGUCCUGGGAUGGCAAUAUUUGCAUCAAUUUUGCUGGUGCUUUCUUGGAGUGGCUCAAGCAGACUAUUAAUCGGGAGGGAACGUGGAGAAUCCGGAAAAAGGAAAAAUCUCCUAUUAUUGAAGUCUAUCAGGUUGAGGAACAGGGCCAUGGUGAUAUCCUCUCGCCUGCUUUCAAGGCCUGGCGAUCGGGCACAGGUUUUGCGGAAUCCUGA